AUGCAAGUAAAAUUUCUUAAGCAAAUAUCUGAAACAAUCAGUGGUGAAGCUCAAAUCUCUGCUAUUUGUUUUUCACCAAAUGGUCAAAAAUUAGCUUUAUGUAUUGAUCGUGUUAUACAAUUAUAUGAUGAAACAGGUGAACUGCGUGAUCGUUUUGCUACAAAACCUAUUGAUUCUAAAUAUGGACGACAAUCUUAUGUUGUUACAGCAAUGGAUUUCUCACCUGACAAUACUCAACUAGCUGUGUUGAUUGGAAUGAAAAAAAAAGCGAUUGUAGCAAAAUUUGUUCAAUCAGCUCAUGUGACAUCAUUAAUAUGGUUACCUGAUGGACAAGUUAUAUUUGGUUUAGCUGAUGGAAAAUUACGUUCGGGAAAUGUUAAAAAAAAUAAAUCACAAACAUUAUUUACAGCUGAACAAUAUACUGUAGCACUAACAACAAAUGUAUCACGUAAAGCUAUUUUAUCGGGACAUGCAGAUGGUAGUAUUUGUCGUUUUAUAAUUGAAGAUGAAGGUACAGGAGAUAAAUCUGGUUUAGUUGUACGACAUUCAUGUCCACCAUGUGCAUUAGUUUGGAGUGCACAUGGCAUACUUGUUGGUGGAUGUGAUCGAAGAGUUGUAGUCUAUAGUAAAGAUGGAAAAAUUUUACAACAAUUUGAUUAUAGUCGUGAACCAAAUGAACGUGAAUUUGGUGUUGGUAUUUGUAAUCCAACAGGUCAAGAAUGUGUCUUUGGUUCAUAUGAUCAUAUACGUCUUUUUUCCUAUCAACCAAGAAAAGGCAUGUUUGAUGAAGCACCGGUUAAAGAAAUUAAAAAUAUGUAUACAGUUACAGCAAUGGCUUGGCGUUCAGAUGGAGCUCGUUUUGCUGUUUCUAAUCUUACUGGUGGUACAUUUCUAUUUAAUUGUUCAUUAAAAAAAUCUAGUAUGAAAGGCAAAUAUGCUAUUAAUUUUGUUUCAUUAUCUCAAGUACUUAUUGAAAAUAAAUCAACUGGUAAACGAACAGAUUUAUUAUCACGUAAUGGUUUUGAAAUAACUGAUGUUAAAAUAAUGGGACGUGAUCGUUAUGCUGUUGGUUAUACUACACAUACACUUAUUUUGGUUGAUUUAGAAAAUGAAAAACGUCGUUGUGAAGUUCAUUGGCAAUCAGGUGGUGAUGAAAAAUUUUCAUUUGAGAAUGAAAAUGUUUGUAUGAUAUUUGCUAAUGGAGAAUUAACAUUAAUUGAAUAUGCUCCAAGUGGAAAACAUGGUGAUAAUAUUUUAUGUACUGUUCGAACAGAAUUUCUUAGUCCUAAUUUAAUAAGUGUACGUGUUGAAGAACGACAUUUACAAGGAAAUAAAAAGAUGGCUUAUUUACUUGAUAGUCGUACAAUCGCAAUAGUUGAUUUAAUGUCUACAAGUGGUGCAGCUGUUAUUUAUCAAGUUAAUCAUGAUGCAAAUAUUAAUUGGUUAGCAUUAAAUGAAACAAGUCGAUAUUUAUUAUUUCGAGAUAAAAAUCUUAAAUUAUAUUUAUAUAAUCUUCAAACAAGCAUAAAAACAUGUAUACUUUCAUUUUGUAUUUAUGCACAAUGGAUACCCGAUAGUGAUGUUGUUGUUGGUCAAUCUCAAGAUAAUUUAUCUGUAUGGUAUAAUAUUGAACAUCCUGAAUCAUGUGAUAUGAAACCUAUAAAAGGUGAUGUUACUGAAAUUAGUAAAGAUCCAUCAACAAAUCGAACAUAUGUUAAAGUAAUUGAUAAUGGUGUACAAUCAACAAUUGAACUUGAUUCAAAUAAAAUUGAAUUUAAUACAGCUAUUAAUGAUCAAGAUUUUCGUCGUGCUGUUGCUUAUUUAGAUGCAUCGGGAUCUUCAGAUGAAACAUCAACUACUUUAUGGGAAACAUUAGCACGUUUAGCAUAUGAAAAACAAGAAUAUAUUGUUGCUGAACAAGCAUAUACAGCAACAAGACAAAUGGCUAAAGCACGUUUUCUUCAUUCAAUCAAUCAAUUAGCACGUGAAAAACAUGGUUCAUAUGAUCAUUAUGAAGUUCGAGCAAAAUUAGCUAUAUUUGAACGACAAUUAAAAACAGCUGAAUCAAUUUAUUUAGAAAAUGGUGAUGUUGAUAAAGCUAUUGAUAUGUAUCGUACAAUGCAUCAUUGGGAUGAAGCAAUAAGUGUAGCUGAUCGUAAACGACAUCCACAAGCUGAAGAACUUCGUUCAACAUAUUAUAAAUGGUUAAUGGAUACAAAACAAAUAGCACGUGCUGCUGAUUGGAAAUUAAAACAAAAUGAAGAAGAAGAAGCGAUUGCAUUAUAUAUGCAAGCAAAUUUACCAUCUCGAUCAGCACAUAUAGUUAUGCAAAAUGCACAAUUAAAGCGUGAUAAUGAUCUUGUUACACGUAUUGCUCUUAGUUUAGUUCAUGCAGAAAUGUAUGAUUUAGCUGGUGAUCUUUAUGAACAUGUACAAGAAUUUUCUAAAGCAUUAAAAUGUUAUGAAACUGGCAAAUGUUUUCGUAAGGCUGUUAAAUUAGCACGUCGAACAACUCCAAAAGAUGUCGUUGAUCUUGAAAGUAAAUGGGGUGAUCAUAUGGCUGAACAAAUGCAAUAUCUUGAAGCUGUAAAUCAUUUUAUUGAAGCUGGAGAAAAUAUGAAAGCUGUACAAGCAGCUUUACAAGGUCGUCAAUGGACACGUGCAUUGGAAAUUCUUGAACAACAAAGAGAUGAAAAUAAUCCCGAUAUUGCUAAAUAUUAUAAACAACUUGCUCUUCAUUUUGCUCAAAUUCAAGAAUUUGAAAAAGCAGAACGUUGUUACUUAAAAGCACAAUGUCCAGGUGAAUGUGUAGAAAUGUAUAAUCGUGCUGCCAAAUGGGAACAAGCAUUCCGUCUUGCAAAACAAUAUAUGAAUAAAGAUGAAGUAACAAAAUUAUAUUCGAAUCAAGCGAAAGAACUUGAAACAAAAGGUCGAUAUAAAGAAGCAGAAAAAUUAUAUAUUACAAUAAAUGAUAAUACAGCAGCUAUUCUUAUGUAUAAACGUACGAAAAAUUAUGAUGCAUUAGUACGUCUUGUUCGUCAAUAUUAUCCCGAUAAAUUAAAAGAUACUGAAAUAACAAUUGCUAAAGAACUUGAACAAGAAAAACGAUAUAAAGAAGCUGAAAUACAUUAUGUACAAGCUGGUGAUUGGAAAUCAGCAGCAAAUAUGUAUCGUUUAACAGAGAAUUGGGAUGAUGCAUAUCGCAUUGCACGACAACAUGGAGGUCCAGUUCCAGCUCAACAAGUUGCAUUCUUUUGGGCUAAGAAAUUAGGUGGUGAUGCAGGUGUUAAACUAUUAAAUAAACUUGGUCAUGCUGAACAAGUACUUGAUUUAGCUUGUGAACAACAUGCAUAUGAAUUUGCAUUUGAUAUUGCACGACUUCUUCUUAAAGAUAAACUUCCUGAAGUUCACUAUAAAUAUGCACUACAUCUUGAAGAUGAACAUCGUUAUGCUGAUGCAGAAGCGGAAUUUCUUAAAGCUAAAAAACCACGAGAUGCUGUUCUUAUGUAUGUUCAAAUUAAAGAUUGGGAUCGAGCACAACGAAUUGCUCAAGCAAAUGAUAAAGCAUUAUUAAAUGAUGUACUUAUUGGUCAAGCUAAACAAGCAUUUGAUAGUAAUGAUUUUCCAAAAGCAGAAACUUUUCUUUUACAAGCACAAAGACCUGAUCUUGCUAUUAAAUUAUAUAAAGAUAAUGGUUUAUGGCAAGAUGCAUUACGAGUCUGUCAAGAAUAUAUGCCAAAUAAACUUGAUGAAUUACGUAGAGAAUUGGAGAACCGUCCAGAUGCAAAUGAUAAUCGUUCAGGUAAUCAACCGAGAACAGAAUAUAGUAAUGAAAAUGUUCUUGCACAAGCUGCUCAACUUGAAUCAAAAGGUGAAUAUCAACGUGCUGUUGAAUUAUAUGUACGUUUAACACCUCAACAAGAUAUACCAAAAGAGACACUUAUUAAGUCUUAUUUGAAAGCAAGUGAUUUAGCAAGAAAAUUUCUACCAGAAAAUCGAGCUCAACAUGUUAUACGAACAAUUGGUCCACGUCUUAUUCAACUUGGAAAUCCUAAUCAAGCUGCUGAACAAUAUUUACAUGUUGGUUUACAUAAAGAAGCUGUUGAUGCAUUUAUUGCUGGUAAACAAUGGGAAAAAGCAAAAAAAUUAGCAUUAGAAGUUGAUCCACAAUUAGCUAAACAUGUUGAUGAUCUUUAUAAAAGAUUUUUAAGAGAGAGUGGUGAUGCAGGACGUUUAGUUGAUGUUGAUGUAACAGGUGCAUUAGAUUUAUUUGUUGAAAAAAAUCAAUGGGAAGAAUGUUUUACUGAAGCACAAAAACAUGGUCCUUUAGUUUUACAUAGUUAUUUAGCAAAAUAUGCUACACUAAUGAUUAAAUCAAAUCGAGCAGAAUUAGCAGCUCAUGUUUAUAAACAAUAUGGAGCUAUUGCUAUACCACAAAAUUUAACAAUUUAUAAAGCAUUAUUUUAUCGUAUGUUAAGAAUUGAUUCAUUAAAACAUGAAAAUUAUUCAAAAUGGGCAGAUGUACGAGAUGUUUUACAUGAUGUUUUUGAAAAUAUGAAUUCAUCGGCAUCAGGUUCAUCAGGUGGUAUACAAAAGGAACUUGAAGAACAACGACCAACAUUCGAAAUUCUUCUUUGGGUUUCUCAUAUGAAUGCAAUGCGUGCUGCUUGUUCUGAACAUGAACAACUUGAUACAAUAACAGCUAAACUUUCAAUAUCACUUCUUCGUCAUUCGGAUAUUUUACCAAUGGAUCGAGCAUUUUAUGAUGCUGGUAUUAUGUGUCGAAAAGUGAAUUGGAAUGAAAUGUCAAUGAUGUUUCUAAAUCGUUAUUUGGAUGUUGUCGAUGCUAUUGAAGAAGGUAAACCUGAAAUGUUAGCAACAUCAGAUUUUGUCGAAACAGAUAUACCAUAUGAAGUUGAAUUACCUAAUCAACCAUCAUUACCACCUGAACAACAUGAACGAGUUAAAGAACAUGUUUUAACAUUGUCAAUGAAACAAUCAAUUAAACCAGCACUUCGUCGUGAUUCUCGUAAUUGUAUUGAAUUUUCAUUGAUUAAUCCUGAAACAAAUGAACGUGCAUCACCAUGUUUAGUUACUGGUUAUCCCGUACUUGAAGAUUGUAUUAUGUUUGAUCGUUAUAAUCUUAUGGCAAACAAAGAUGAUUGGAAUAAAUUUGUUCUAUCAGCAAAAUCAAUUCGUCGUGAGACAUUACAAGAUUGUUUGAAAUUUCUUUCGAAGUGGACAGGAACACAACCAAAUGUCAUCGAAGGCAUUCUCAAAGAUCGUAUUGAACCGAGUCUACAUGAUACAACUCCGUUCAGAACAUUUACAGUACAAGAAGUCAAAACAGUCAGUCAGCAUGAAUCACCAAUACCACAAGCGGUCCCUGCUGAUGAUACAGCAAUACCAAUUGAAACACCACCUGUAUUUACAUCAUUUCCUCGAAUACCAACUCCACCAUUACCACAAGAAAAACCUAUUUCACCACCAUCGCCUGCAACUUCACCUACUGAACAGCGUGCAAGUUCAUUACCUGAACAAGCUGUUACACAGAUUCCAGAGUCACCUCCACCAUAUAUCGUUAAUUAUGAGAAAAUUCGUGAAGACCUGCUAUCAGCUAUUGAUGAACGAACCAUUCCUGCACUUGAAGAAGCUAUUCAACAAGUAAAAGAUCAUGAUUAUAUUCAACCAUUAAAAUAUGAAUGUGAACGUGCAUUGGAAUUAUUAAAUCGUUUAAUGAAAAUCGAACAUAUGAAAUUAAUACUUGUUCCUUGGAGAAGAAUUAGAGUACUACGAUUAAAUCCAUCAACAAUUGCUGAAUUACAUAGUUAUACAAAACCACCUGAUGAAGUUUUAACAGUGAUGCGUGCUACAUUUUUACUACUAGGACAUUCUGAAAGAGAGAUACAAGAUUGGCCACAAAUUCAAAGUUUAUUAGGUCGUUUUGGUAGAGAAAGUAUACGCCGUCGAUGUUAUGAACUUAAUCCACUUGCUAUUCCUGUUGAUAAAGCACACGAAGCUAAAGAUAUAUUAAGAAACUAUGAUCUUCUACGUGUAACAGAGAUUUCUGUUGGUCUAUCAGCUUUUUUUAAUUGGUCGAUGACUAUGGUAGAAGAACGUGAAAAAUUAUUAGAAUCACAAAGACGAAUUGUUCGAUAA